GGAAUUCUUGGUCUUUUUAAGCUCUAUUUUACCACUCUCACUCCCCUAUUUUUCGUCUUGUCUAUUUUUACUGUCCCGGGAAGUGUAAUAUAUCGCUUCCCGAAGUGUCUCUGCCAAAAGACGAACCGAAAGAACGCAGUAACAGCAGCAUCGCAUUCCCGAUCGAGAAGCCAACUUGGCCAUCACAAUGGAGAUAUCUUCACAAGAACAGGAAUUCAAAGGCCCUUCGUCGCCACCAGCGUUUAUCGAAACUGAGAACUCCCCUGAAGUCAAGAAAAUUCUUUUCAAGAUUGAUAUUAGAGUACUGCCCAUUCUCGCCUUAUUAUUCUUGUGCUCGUUUCUCGACCGUACCAAUGUCGGAAAUGCCAAGAUUGUCGGUCUCGAGGCUGAUACAGGCAUCACCGAUCACCAAUACGAUAUUGGACUGGCAGUUUUCUAUUUAUUUUAUGUGUGCAGUGAAUUACCGAGUAAUCUCGUGCUGAAGAAAGCAUCCCCGAGAAUAUGGCUUCCGUUCCUUACGAUCCUCUGGGGUAUAAUCACGAUGUGCCUUGGCUUUAUUCAUAGUUUUGGCUCGUUUGUUGCGGUUCGAGCAUUACUUGGUAUUGCUGAGGGAGGUCUAUUGCCAGGAAUGGUCUUGUAUCUGUCAUCUUUUUAUAAACGGUCAGAUCUUGCUCUUAGAAUUGGCUUGUUCUACACAGCAGCUUCUUUAUCUGGUGCCUUUGGUGGGUUGUUGGCUAGAGGAUUGAUUGAGAUCGGUCCUCGCGGCGGCCUUGAGGGAUGGAGAUGGAUUUUCAUAAUCGAGGGUUUAUUGACUGUCGUGUGUGGCAUCAUUGCUGCUCUCGGCCUACCUAACAAUAUUGCAACAGCCAGAUUCCUGACUCCUCUGGAACGUGAAAUUGCGCAGGAAAGAAUUCGCCAUGAUCGUCCCCGGGAUGACGGUACUAAUGUUGAACACGAGAACUUCAAAUGGUCCGAAGUGAUACGUGGAGUCACCGAUAUCAAAAUGUGGCUUUCGGCAUCUGCGUAUUUCGCUAUUCUUUCGGGGCUGUACUCUUUCGGUUUAUUUUUGCCCACCAUUAUCAAGGAUUCUGGAUUUACGACAAAUGCGAAUAAGGUGCAGUUGUGGUCUGUUAUUCCGUAUGCAGUUGCCACGGUAUUUACUGUUCUCGUCGCAUUUUUGUCUGACCAUCUUAAACUACGUGGCAUCGUGAUGCUCUUCACUCUGCCGUUUGCCAUCAUCGGCUACGCCGUCAUCGCCAAUACUUCCAACUCUCAGGUCGGAUACGGAAUGACCUUUCUCAUGUCUACGGGUUUGUAUGCAAGUGUCCCCUGCGUCCUGGUAUGGAACUCGAAUAAUUCGGCUGGCCAUUACAAACGUGCAACCACAUCAGCCAUGCAGCUUGCAAUUGCAAAUUGCGGCGGAUUUGUGGCGACGUUUAUCUACCCGUCAAAGGACGCGCCUCAUUACCAUAGAGGACAUACAGUGGUUUUGAGUCUGUUGGUGGCAGCUUGGUUUUUGAUUCUAUUCAACGUCCUCUACUGCCGCAAAGUCAACAAAGACAAGGCAAGUGGAAAGUACGACAAAUAUGUCGGAUAUAACGAUGACCGAGACCCGAAAUUCGUUUUCAUUCUGUGAGAUGUUUAUCGCGGUCAGUGUGUGCGAUUGUUCCAUAUCGGAAAGAAGUUAUAUAGGGAAAUGCCUGCUGUUGAGACACAUUUCAGGGCUAAGUGCAUCACGUGCGUUAUGGACUCUAUAUUAAGUAUAUUAAUGAAUCUGCAUUUUG